AGGUCACGUACGCAGUGUGGCCCACUCAAAGGUCUUAACGUACUACUACCUACCACCACCACCACAUCAUCACUACCAUCACUCUUCUUCUUCGUCGUGGUUGUCGUCAGUGUUGAGUCGGUCGAUGUAUUAGAAUGUCAAGCAGGAACAAUUCUCGGUUCUCUACUCUCAACGUAUUCAAGUUUAACAAGGAGAGAUCACCACCACCGCCUCCUCCCAAGGACGAUCAACACUUUCAACAAGGAUUACAAGUAUUAGGAGGUCCUUAUGGUUCAAGCAAAUCGCUUUACAACCCAAGCGUAACUUCUUUGUCUCCUCCUAGCGACCUACUACCAUCACUACCAACGACGCCUGACUACAACCGGGCCUCACCUGAGUCCGCUCCUUCAGUCCGUUCUUUUGGUCCUGCAAUGUCUAUAGAGAGCGAGAAAUCAAAGCGAAGCAUAUUCAAGUUCUCAUCGAUGGGCAAGCGUAAUAAAUCAACGAGGAAUCUCAUAGAAACAGAAGAUCCGGAGCCUCCUCAAGAGGAUGAGAGCAUAUCUAAACCAUGGAAUUUUCAGCAUCAUAUCCAUGUUGACGAGGGAUUCGUAGGACUUCCUCCUUCCUGGUCUAAUGCUCUUUCCCAAGCUGGUUUUACCGACGACGAAAUCGCAGCAAUUCACGCCCGCCGCAUAGCUGCUCGUAGAAACCCAAAUGCAUCACGUCCCGAUUCACCACUUUCCAUUCUUCACCACCCAGCACCCCGAAGUUCAUCCCUUGCAGCCCACUCAUCAAACGCAACACUCAUAGCAAGUGCCUACAUCAACGCCCCAUCCCCGACGUCCUUCGACUUUUCCCCAUCUCGUCAAUCCUCAUUCGCCACCACAUCCUCCUCGCACUCGCACUCUGCUGUCGGACAAGAAACAGUAGACACUCAGUACGUAUUCGUCAAUGGUACAGGGCACGAAAGCAUGAUUGAUCCAUACCCCCUCGACACACAAUCCGUGUCCACACACCACAGCAGUCACACAAAUGCACCUCAAAUCGCUCGUAUUCAAUCUGAGGCACCUCCUCGGACUAACUCCAGCCACGUCUCGAGCCCCCUGGUGUAUUCUCACAGCUUGCCUCCGAGGAAUCAUCCCCUCGAUGUGCAUAGCACACACAGUGCUUCACCACGCACGCCUCCGAGGAGAAUGUUCCAAGUUGCCAAUGCGGACGAGUCGCCGCCUCCUGCUUACCAUUCUCCAGUUCGUACGUCUUUUUUUCGGGAUAAACAUGGGUUCCCAUCAGAAGAACGUGGAAGUGCGAUAGAAAAGGAGUCUGGACAACUAAGGGAGAAAGAACGGGAUGUGGAUUCGAUCUUGGAUAUCUCAGCAACAGCAAACACCACCUCUUCAUCGCUCCGCACGGGCACAGACGUGGAUCUUUCACUUCCGAACGUUGAUCCUGCGCUGCUGAAUAGGCACAUGAGCCCGACGCCUCCACUGGUCAUUGAUAAGAGGCUGACGAAAGUGGGUGCGUUACCUCCGAGGCUUAGUUUUCACUUGAGCUCGGAUUUGGGGCUGGAGGAUUGGGGGGCUGGAUUGCUUAGUGGGCUGGAAGACGGGAGUGGAAGUGGAAGUGGGGGAGGGAGCAAGAGUAGACUUGAAGACCGACUAGGACUCUCAAAACCAGGGAGAUUCAUCGAGUCGAAGCGGAAGAGCUCCUUGGAAAAUAGAGGGGAAGGCAGCAGUAGCUCGCUCCUCCCUGGAUUCUCACUGCCUUCUUCUUCCUCGCGACUAUCACCAUCCCCAUCACUAUCACCAUCACCAUCAACUUCAACAUCACGCUCUCCAUCAACUUCAUCCCGUCCGUCAACACCCUCAUCUUCAAAAUCCCACUCUCCUAUUACUUCUACAACUACAUCGACGCCGUCUACCUCCCCUUCUCCUUCUGACCCUUCACAUUCUCCUGAAUCGACACAGCUGACUUUGAGCGUGCUUUCGCCGAUGCUCUCUCCUACACAACCAAGUUCAAGCAUGAUCUCUCCAACCUCGACACAGACUCUCCCGACACUCCCGGAUGUGUCGUUUGGAGCGGAUAUAACGCUUGGGGCUCCGCUACGUGUUAUGAUGCCGAGGUCACCUGCACCUGGGAGCAGCGUACCGCCUACGCCAACGACAAGGAACACACCACCGCCUACAACAACUGGAACACCGCCUACACCGACACGGAAUGCACAGCGUACGCCGAUGAGAGAACUUCCGCCUGUGCCUCCCGAAGAGGUAGAGGUUGAUAGUAGUACUGGUCCUGUGUUACCGGAUAUUUCGUUAGGGCCUGACGUCUCUUCGCUUGGUGUUGGGUUGGGCCUCUCUUCACUUGGACCUGGGUUGGAUGUUUCAUCUCUCAGUGCUGGUGGACCAAAGAUUCCCAGCUCGAGUACCCAAAUUACCAGUACAGAACACAAUGAGCUCACGAAACCCUUAUCGCCUCCGGCUUACAGACCGGGAAUUGAGGUUACUGUGUCACCGCAGUCGCCUACCAGUGCGAAGAUUUCGGGUGGGGGUUCUUCGAGAAGAGAGGGUGUUGGUGCUUUGAUGGCAGGCGAUCGUGGUUCUCCCUCGAUGACAGGUUCUCCUUUCACGACGGGCGCUUCAACAACAAGCAACCACAGUUCACCUUUAACCACCAGUAACCGCAGUGCCUCUACAACUCUCCUCCCCUUACGACCUCCAGGCGACCGCGACUCCGGAAUGUCAACGAUGACAGUCACACCCGCUACCAUUGUGAGCGUGAGUGGAGCCGUGGCUAUCACGUUGGCAACAGCUAGUGUCGUUGACUCUGAUUCUGUAUCGCUGAGUGCUGUUGAGCCUAGAGAUGAUGCAGUGAGCCGCACAGAAGACGGCCCGUCCGUUGUGUUGGACUCAGAUGGUGCAUCCGUGGUGCUAGGCUCGGAUGGCGCGUCCAUCGCGUUAGACUCGGAUCCUGCAUGGCCAGAACCCCCUCUCACCCCUGACCUCGACACAACCCCGCGUCAACCCACGCGUUUCCGCGCAACCUCCCUCCGUGUGCAGGGUUCUCCUCACAGCUCACAUUUCAGCAGCGAUACGGGCUCCACUACCGAAAGUGCACCCCUUGUCACGCCCAAGUUGCACGUGCCGCCUUCCCCGCUCCGGGAUAAGAGGUUUGCGCCUGAAGCUGCGCUUCUCACAUCAAUUACCGAUACGUUUGGAGUUGGAGGGCGGGACAGUGAUGGCGAUAGCGAUAGCGAUGAAGGGUUCACGCACUUUCCUCCAAAAGCACGCUCCCAAUCCCAAUUGCAGCGCUUACCAGAAUGGAUCGCAGACGCCAUCUCCCCUCUCUCCGAAUUCAUGAUCGACGUCGAUCCCCAAGAAUAUUUUGCAGACCUACAAGAAAUUGCAGAAGGUGAGAGCGGCUCCGUAUACGCCGCCCGCCUCGUCUGCCCCGUCCAAUCGCUCUCUCUAUCCUCUGGAACGACGCACGUAGCCAUAAAAUCCAUCGCAAUCCACCCAGCUGUAUCUCCAAAGUUCCAAGACCUGAGCCACGAGAUGGAGCUGAUGCGCGGGGUGCAUCAUGCGCAUGUAUUGCGCAUGGACGCGUUUUAUGUGAAUUUAGUGGAUGAUUCGGUGUGGAUACGGAUGGAGCUGAUGGAGAGGAGCUUAGCGGAUGUUGUGGGGCUUGUUGGGGAGGGGUUGUCGUUGCAGGAGAGGAUGAUUGCGAGGUUUGCUAGUGAUGUUCUACUUGCGCUCGAAUACCUCCAGAAACACCAUAUCGCCCACCGAGAUGUCCGUUCAGAUAACCUCCUUUUAAACGCGAGUGGAAUCGUAAAAGUUGCUGAUUUCUCGAAUGCUGUGCGUGUGACGAGAAAUUCUCCGAUGUGUGUUGGGGCUGUGGGCGUUAUCUACUGGCAGGCUCCAGAGAUGCGAGUUGGAGCGUAUAACGCGCUCAAAGUUGAUGUCUGGUCUCUAGGCGCAACAGUAUGGGAACUAGCACAGACAGAACCGCCCUUUGCAGACGUCCAAGACCCGCGACAAAUCGGUGUCCAGUGGCCGCCUCUGCGUCAACCAGAGCUUUACUCGCGCGGGUUCCACGAGUUUUUGAAGUUAUGCUCGAGGCCGUAUGCAUCGAGGCCGAAUGCUAAUGAGUUGGUGAACACGCCUUUCAUCCGCAACGCAUGCGGCCGAGCGGUGAAUGUCCAACUCUUAUCACAGUGUAGAGCUAUUGAAGAGCAUGUGUUACAAAGGGAGAGUGAGAGUGGGGGUGAGUCGUGACGAGUGGAUGGAUGGAUGGACGGACGGACGAUUUGCUUUUGUUUUUGCCGGCGCUGUGCCCGCGUUACCCAUUCCUUUCAUAAAACUAUCUAUCAUAUUCAUAUCGCUAUCUAUAUCCCCAAACUCAUUACUCAUAUCUCACUUAUUCCCAUUUCAUCAGAUCUGACGGGGUUUUUACACAUCAUGAUGCCAUGGCUUUGUUUGUGAUUCAAUUUGAGCGAUGCUACUGCAUGGCGGUG